AUUAGAUUACAGAACGAUCUUGUUUCUAUACAGCUAUCCACAGUAUUGUUUCUGCAAGACCACUCUGAUCGUGUUGCUCAAUCAUUAUUAGUAUGGCGAAAGAGCCGAGAGAUCUAUUGCUCCUCGUUUGGGUGCACGGUUUCAAGGGAAACGAUGUAACCUUUGAGACUUUCCCAGGACGCAUCUGUCACCUUCUGCGGGCUACUCAUCCUUCCCUUCGAGUCGAAUCGCGGGUAUUUCCAAUGUAUCAAACACGGGGGGAACUGCUUGCGGCGACCUUAGCCUUCGUCGAUUGGCUCACGGAACUGGUGGUGAACCUUGAGAACGAUCAUGGACAAGGAGGCGGAGCGGGUAAAGCAAAGGUGGUUCUAAUGGGGCAUUCCAUGGGAGGACUGUUGUGUGCAGACACUGUGAGAGAUAUCGCUGCGAAUACGAGAGAAGGUGAUCCGAUGUGGCCGCGGGUAGUGGGAAUUAUCGCUUUUGAUACUCCAUAUCUUGGUUUACAUCCUCAUACUUUCAAACACCACCUCACCCAGGCUGCUUCUUACUUCGAUCAAGCUCGCAGCAUAGCCUCCACAAUCGGUAUGGUGUCGCCAACAUCAUUUGGUCUUGGAUUCGGGAACUCUGGCAAGAAGACUGAAAGUACAACCUCAGAGGCAGGUUUCUCAAAACCCCAACCCUCCGCAUCGACAAAGGGCAAGAAAAAGGAGACAACCACCACCGUUUCAGACAUGUCUACUUCCGCGGAGCAGCAGGCAGCUACUUCAAAAUCUUUCUGGUCAAGUCUAUCGUCUGUACCAUCCCCUUCAAGCAAAACCCUGUAUGGUCUCGGUGCUGCGGCGUUGGGUGCUGCAGCGCUUGGGACAGCUUACUACAGGCGAGAAGAUUUCAUAACGGGGUGGCGCUGGGGUUAUGAUCACAUGACAUUUGUGAAGAACUUAUGGGAUGAAGAUGGAUCGCGGAAGAGGUUAGAGGCCAUCGAUGCGUUGGUACGGGAACAAAACGUCUUAUACAGGAAUUACUACACCCAUCUUCCGGUCGAACCCCCUGUUCACUUAGUUGGCCGAACAUUCGCCAUUCUUCCACCAGCCUCGCAUCCCCUUUUCCCGCUGUGGCGUCCCGCCACAAAUUCUCUCGCCAAAGAUGAAGUUUCCGCGCAUAUGGGCAUGUUUAAUCCAAAGACGAACGACGGGUUCUAUGAUUUAGGCUUGGCGGUUGUGAAAGAGAUCGGGGAGAGAAUUGAAUCGGAAGGUGUGGGGAGGAAGGAAGGGUUGGAAGAGAGGAUGGAUGAAGAUGGAGAAGGAGUCUGGAGGAUUGAGAAAGAUAAGGAUGGAAAGGAGAUCUGGGUGGAGGCUUAGACAUGAAAACUGCGCUUGUGGCGAAGUGUAUUCAUUUUGACGCUGUUUCGGUCUCAGUUAUCUAAACCAAACAAGAUCCGAGGGGCUUGUUGAAAUCAGGAGAGGCGUUACAUAUUUUGUGAACGGACUCUCAUUGCCUUGAUUGUGGUGGGAAGUCUCGUGUCUCAGCUCCAUUCAGAGCAUUAGAGGAAAAGGAAUGUUUGAGCACGCUUCGAUCAUAUGUAAGCGCUAAGCAAAUGGAGUUUCCCAGAGAACAACAAAAACAGACCUUUUCCGCCGCGAGUGGCAGUCGAUUUAGAGAAUGAAAUUCAGGGUCUGACGGAGAUGACCAGACUUAUGUUUACUGGGAAGUAGCAUGGCAGUAGCCCAUUUUCCUUGGGUAAAGAUGCAAUGAGCAGAAAGUGUCAACAAAGCUUUGUGCAUGCAAAAUAUUA